AUGGCCCCUCAACGAUAUGAAGCACUGAACUCGCACGACGACGAAGUCGAUUCUCCCGUCUCUCCAGAUACUGCCGCACCCAUCCCAUCCUCACCUCCACCGUCUUUCCGGUCCAGAGCCUCCUCACCCACGACCAGGCGCUUAUUGGCCCAGGAUCCGUUAUCUCCUGACGCCGAUCAAGAUCAUUUGGAAAACACUUUUGACGACGGCGAGGAUUCUGACGCCGAGAAUGAUGGCGACGACAGGCAACGAUUGAUGAGAGCCGACUCUGGACUCUCCAGACAAGAUGCUACCCCCUCAUCAACCUCUGUUCCCGAUACCCGACCGGCGCCUGCUAUCGAACGAAGAGUGACGGAACUCCCCGCCUUUAGACCUAUGCCCGCCUCCAUGAGAGCCACCGAUGGUGUUUUUGCAAAUCUAUCUGCAAAGCCUGAACGUGGUGAACAAGUCGAAGAAAAGCCUCCUACAUAUGAACAAGCCGCUGCCGAUGCGACGCCCCCGUACUGGGAAACUACUAUUCUCGCCCCUGGAAUGUCGUCGGAUGAAGUCUAUGUCGACGGUCUGCCCGUUGGAUCCGUUUUCUCAUUUGUCUGGAACGGCAUGAUCUCCAUGUCCUUCCAACUUGUCGGCUUCCUGCUCACCUAUCUUCUCCAUACCACUCACGCCGCCAAACAUGGAAGCCGUGCCGGUCUGGGCUUGACACUUGUACAAUAUGGUUUCUAUAUGAGCGGUUCCAGCGAUGGCGGCUCAUCCGACACUGGGAAUCCAGGACAGUUUUCAAACUCCAGCCCGCCCGAUCCGAACAGUCACAGCUUUGACCCCAACGCCGUGAAUGGGGGCGGAGACCAGACUUCCGGAGGGAGCAGCGGGAUGGGUGGUUUCACCAGCGCAGAUUGGAUUUCCUACAUUCUCAUGAUUAUUGGUUGGUUUAUUUUGAUCCGGGCCGUAUCAGACUUUUUGCGGGCAAGAAGGCACGAGGCCCUCGUCUUGCAGAGUCCCAGUCGAGGAUUGCCUGUCCCAGUCGUUGCGGAGGGCGAGACUCCUGAGCAGACCGCUUAA